GAGUGUCACACACUGACUUGGAGGAGGUUUUACUUUCGGACCCAGAAGAAGGCCCAUCACCAUCUAUCCGUGCCAUGGAAACUACAUGCUACAGCAAGUACACAGAACUCUAUGCUCCAAUUGUAGCAGAGAAUCAGGAGGAUUCUAGCAGUGAGGAGGGCAGUACACAUUCUCAGAGGGAUGCAGAGAUGCAACAACUAUCUGUAUCAGAGGUCAUUGCAAACCUGGCUCUUCAGAUUGAUCGUCACUCAGUCAGCAGAUUUAACAUUUGCCGCUCUGACAUUUGGGAUGGAGCUGUGAGAGGAUUUAAAAGAAGCACAUUCUCUGCAGAAAAAGACCGUAUUGUAAAGUUUUCUGAUGAUGGAGGCAGGUUGGAGGAUGGUCUUGAUACAGAUGGCCCCAAAAGGGAAUUCCUCUCUAUACUAAUGAAAAGGCUGAACCAACGACCCAUAUUUGAUGGUCCUGAAAACAGACGCUACCUUGUCUACAACUCUACAGGUACACCAGUGGGUAAUAUUUUAAGUUAAAUGACAUUUAACCAAUCAAAUGAACUGUAGUGUAAUAUGGCAACCAAUUUAAUUUUUCAUUGCUUUUAAUUUCCCUGAGCAGCAAUCAGAGAGGAUGAAUAUGGUUUGGCAGGGAAGAUGAUAUCUGUGUCCAUUGUUCAUGGUGGAUCUGGCCCAAACUUUCUAUCGGAGGAUCUAGUCAACCACAUCCCGGCAUUCCAGUUUCAGUGCAUCUAUAGGGGACAUAACUGAUCAAGAAAUAGGGAAAGUGCUACAGCAGGUAGGGUUAUUGACAUUUGGGUACAGGAGACAUUUUAUUAAAGAAAGCAGCUUUGUUUACUUUUAACAUGAU